AUGGUCCACCAAAAACAUGUACUGAGGUCGCCCUCCUUUACCAACCCCGCCGCCGCCAAUCCUUCUCACGUACCUGUUGGGGAUACCAAUAACGCUGCUGAAGCUGAGGUAUCUCACGGGACUCAACCGCAGAGCGAUGGAGCUGCGAGCGAGGGGGGGCAGGCAGUUGUGAGCAGCUCUGCGGCGGAUGAUGACCAGUCCGGCUCCCAUCACAUUGGCUCAGAUGUAGAAGACGACGCUCCAGGUUAUGGUUGUGAGGCAGUAUCAUUGUAUCCGGGAAGAAAUUAUCAUCGACGUCCCAGUGCCAGCUCGACGACAGCAUAUAUCGUCCACAGCUCUUAUGGGCAACCACACUCGGAUAGGGCCGCAUCCACGCGGUCUCUGUGGGCACGAGAGCUUGACUAUCGAGAAAUCGGAGGCCGUCGCUACUGCAAAGAAUACUUUAUGCCCAAUGAUGAGAUCGAGCAGCUACGCCUGACCAUACAACACCAAGUGCUCAUGCAUGCAUUCGACGGCGAACUGACAAUCACUCCCCUGGGCAACCCCACGCACGUCUUGGAUGUUGGAACUGGAACUGGAGAAUGGGCCAUCAGAUUUGCCGAACUGUUCCCCGAUUGCGAAGUCGUAGGAACAGACAUAUCUGCUAUACAGGAGACCCAAGGAGUCCCGAUGAACGUCUUUUUCGAAAUCGAAGAUGCAGAAGAGUGGGACCGACCUAUAGACCAUUAUGACUUGGUGCAUCUGCGAGGCAUGGAAGGAGCCUUUCGCGACUGGAGAUGCAUUUAUGAGGAUGCAUUUGAUUCACUGAAGCCCGGCGGGUGGAUUCAAGUGACAGACUACGACGGCAAGGAUGGAUCUAUCCAAUUCUUUUCUGGUUUCUCUCCGGAGUCGCCUGUUUUUAAGAUGAUGGACGACCUCUUUAUUGGGGCGGAAAAGUCGGGUCGAAAACGAGGCAUGUUUCACCUUGACCAGCAAUACUUCUCGGAGGCUGGUUUUGUCGAUAUACGGGUCUCUGAACAUAUCCUCCGAAUGAAUCUACAGGAGGACAAUGUGGGUAAACUCUGGCUAAUGUGCUGGCUGGAUGGAAUCGAGGCGUACUCCCUACGCACGCUCACAGAACAGAUGGGAUGGGACGCUGAUGUUGUCAAGACGGCGUGCCGUGAGACGGCUCGGGAAAUUGCUAGUCGCGCGCAAGAUUCGGAAUCAUGCAAGACCAUGGUACUCAAGAUGCGCACUGUUUUGGCGAGAAAGCCCUCUAGGGACGAGUCUCCUGUUCCUACCAGCUCCUCAGAUGAGAGCACGAUACAUGGAGAAAGCAGUGACUCAACAUCCGAAAUAGAUGGUUGA